CCGUCUGGAGCGCGUUUUAGCCUUCUUCGCUCGGCUAUAAGACGACGACCAGCGUGAAGUUUUGCACGACAGCGGACGACGAAAGGCUGCUGAGCUGCUUCGACUGAGGAACGAAGAUGAGGACCUCGCUCCUUCCCACCCUGUUGGUCGUGCUGGCGGUGGCCGCGUGUAUAUCUGCCACUAGCCCUCCAAGAUGCGAUAAUGUGAAUUGCGCGGAAGCGACAUGCCAGCCUGUCGACUGCAAGUGCGGGUCUUACAAGGGCAGUUGCGGCUGCUGCGACUUCUGCUACAAGUGCCCCGGAGACGUGUGCACUCCGCUAUUUCAAGAACGCUGCAGCGAUGGUCACACUUGUGAGUUGGACGAGCCCGGCACCAUCGCUUUUGGAGGAAAGGGCAAAUGCAAGCCACCAUCGUCUUCCUAGGAUGUAGCUCGGAAAGUAAAAGUAAUCCUCGUUUUUUAAAGCGAA